AGUACAUGGACAGCAAGAGCGAAAGAUACGCAAGAUUCGCUUAGCGAACUUCCACGAAACGAACCAACAUCGCCAAAGCCGACAGAACAAUUCAUCCUUCAAUCUAGCUCUGGGCGUGAGCGCAUGAAUGCCACGUUCGUUUCGCUCGUGCGGAAUAGCGAGCUUUCUGGAAUGCUGCACAGCAUUCGAGAUGUAGAAGAUCGUUUCAAUCGCAAUUGGAACUACGACUGGGUCUUCUUAAAUGACGAAGAGUUCACGGAAGAAUUCAAAACAAUUGCGACAGCAUUUACAUCAGGCCGAGCAAAAUUUGGCAGAAUACAUUCGGAACACUGGGGCUUUCCAGCUUUCAUCAACCAGACCAAAGCACAAGAAGCAAGGAAACAAAUGGCAGACCUCACAUAUGGCGAUUCAGCUUCAUAUAGGCACAUGUGCCGCUACCAAUCGGGCUUCUUUUACCAGCAUCCACUCGUUCUGGAGUAUGAAUGGUAUUGGAGAGUUGAGCCGUCUAUACAGCUUUUCUGCGACAUCGACUACGACCCUUUCCGCUUAAUGGCGGAGAAUGGAAAGAAAUACGGAUUUGUGAUUUCGAUAAACGAGCUGAAAAAGACUGUACCAAGUCUGUGGGGCCACGUCAAAGACUUCAUGAAAGCAUAUCCCCAACACAUCGUGAAAGAUAAUCAUAUGGGAUUUUUAUCCGAGGAUGGUGGCGAGACU